CACCUUCCGUGCUGCGUGCAUCUUUAAAUAAGAUAGAAUCCUCUUCUCACACUCUUCUGGCCGUCCUCUUCCAUCUCUCCGUCCUCUUCUUGCCAUGGUUCCAAACGCCCAUCCAAAAACACUCUUCCACCUCGUACCAACCAAUCAGGUCGGCCACGACGCCCUCCUUCACCCGGACAAUAAACGCCUCGUGUUGAGCUCAAGGGAAGGCCCGCUUGGCCUUGAAGUUGGCUAUCAUGUCUCGUCCAUCCCUCGAGGCCAUGUCAUCACCAGACUCGGACGAAAUGCCGACCUGAUUCUCCGCCAAAGCAGCCCCAGAAACCCCAUGUCUGCAGUUCACGUCGCCUUUAAGAUCAACCCUACUACAGAGCUUGUUAUUCUAUCUGUCAGAUCGAAACGGGUUUCAUCGGUCAGAUUCGCUGUGCGCAAGUCUAAAGACGAGAGAAAAACCGUACAGAAGGACUAUGAGAUCUCCAUUGCAUCUUACGAAUUUGAUUUGCUCUGGCUGAUCGCCGGUACCGAGUCUCUUAAAACCCUUACUAUUCAAGGCUACCAGACAUCUUUGCAGCUGUUACAAGAUGUGAGAUCGCGCGACCGACCAACGGAGACCGAUAACUCGGAGGCACUGUCGUGGCACAUGACCAGGCUAGAUACGGUAAAGGGCUCUCUUUUCAAGAAUAUCCCGCAUCUUCGUGACUGGAAAGGCGAGGGAUCCUACGGCACAGUCUUCCAAGCGGUCGAUCAGACCUCGGGCCAUACAUUUGCUAUCAAAGUGGUCGAGCUCGAAAAAUAUGACGACGCUGAUGCAGCGCGAGCCUUACUCCACAGGGAAAUCAAGGUCGUGAAGAGGCUAAACCGCGCACAUAUCAUCGAAUAUCUAGGUCACCAACACUUCCACACUCUCUGUCCGGAGAUCUUUAUGCCGCUACGAGAAGGCUCUCUGACCUCGCUUGUCAAGACCACCCCGAUUCCCGACUAUAACGAGCUCUGCCUCACCGUGUUAAGACAGAUGCUCAGCGCCCUCGACUACCUGGCAAGCGAGAACCUGCUCCACCGGGACUUGAAGCCCGACAACAUUCUCUACUACACUUUGCCCGACGAGGGUAGUCGCCAUUUCCAGCUGGCCGACUUUGGACUCGCCCAUCACCGCUCGCUGGCCAAAACGUUUUGUGGCACGGGCUACUACCAGGCUCCUGAGCUCUGGCCCCAGAAGAGCAAGGUCUACGCCCCGCAGAGCCCCAAAAUGGACAUAUGGUCCCUCUUCGCAACCAUCGUUGCCGUCGACUCUCGGUUCAAAGAGUUUCCACCGCACACGUCCGACUACGGCAUUGUUCUGAGCGCACUGGAAGCUAAAGCCUCGCAGUCAUCCCUCGAGCCCAUGGCGAGGCUGCAUCCAGAUCGCCGGGCAUCGGCUGCGCAGAUGCUUGUCCACUUCUUCGACGGCGGGGGAUUAACAACGCCCCGAUCGAAAAUCCCCCCAUCGAGCCUAAGGCCGAGAAGGCUCCCCAGGCAAGCCUUUUGCUCGCACGCCGCCAGUCACCGCGAACCGAGGAGGCAAUCCCGCGCAACCCGCUGCACCGCAGCUGCAGCCGAUUCGCGCGCACAGAGAUGGCGUUGCCAAGCGCCGGGCCGAAUCUCCCGCAGCCAGAGCUGA